CGUCAGAGAUGCCCAGGAUCCCCACAGGCCUGGUGACCUGGUCCGCUCCCACACCACAGAUGAGGAGACAGAGUCUUCCAGAGGCUCAGACCUUGGCUCCAGGCCAAACCCUUGAGCAGGUGCGCACGUCGCAGUGCUGGGCUGACCACGGUGGCACCUGGCCCAGACCAGGGCGCUGAAGCAUGCAACCACAGGGCCUCUCGCCCAGCUCCCUCUUGCUGGGGCCUCACCUUGGCAAGAUGUGCCCACUUCCGUGGUGCCCCCGUGGAGGCAGCGGUGCUGUGGUAGAGGCCUGCAGAGGGAGGAGCUGGGCCAGGCAGGCCCCCGCUCUGAGGCUUCCCCCUCCUGACUCCCCAGCCAGCACAGGGCAGGACUUUGUGAUGCGACAAACAGGACACCCUGGCCUCUUGUCCCCCUACCCUCCUGAUGCUACAUUCAAGUCAGGGGAGGGGGUGUCCCCCGAAGAAGGACCAGCUCCAGGGCGCCUGCCCCUCCCAGCCAUCACUGGUCACCUGUCACCUUGCAGCACCCACCCUGUUGGUCACCAAUUUACACAUCCAAACACACUGGGAAGUUGCAGACCAAAACCCUGGGAUGGGGAAGUGGACACAGCCAAGCGGCUGCUGGGGAAAGAUGCAGCCUGCACAAGAGGUCAGCUGCCAGCUCCGAGCUCCACACCAGCCACAGCCAUGAGCAACUGGAGGAAGGACCACCUCGGCACCAGCGCCUCGGAGCCCCUCCCUGUCCUCAUCAUCGGCAAUGGCCCCUCGGGCAUCUGCCUGUCCUACCUGCUGUCUGGCUACACCCCCUAUGUGAGACUGGAUGCUGUCCACCCACACCCACUGCUGCAGAGGAAGCUCGCGGAGGCUCCGGGGGUCUCCAUCCUAGACCAGGACCUGGAUUACCUGUCCGAAGGCCUUGAAGGCCGGUCCCAAAGCCCUGUGGCCCUGCUCUUUGAUGCCCUCCUGCGCCCGGACACAGACUUUGGGGGAAACAUGGAGUCCGUUCUCACCUGGAAGCACCAGAAGGAGCGAGCCAUCCCCCACAUGGUCCUAGGCCGGAACCUGCCUGGGGGAGCCUGGCAUUCCAUCGAAGGCUCCAUGGUGACUCUUAGCCAAGGCCAGUGGAUGGGGCUCCCAGACCUGCAGGUCAAGGAGUGGAUGUGCAGGAAGCGAAGAGGUCUUCGUAACAGCCGAGCCACGGCUGGGGACAUCGCUCACUACUACAGGGACUACGUGACCAAGAAGGGCCUGGGUCACAACUUUGUGUCCGGUGCCGUGGUCACGGCCGUGGAGUGGGGGACACCUGUGUCUGGUGGCUCCGGGGCUCCGGCCCCCAGCCCCCUCUUCCAGGUGAGCGGCGUCCUGACCACGGAGGACCAGAGCCAGCAGCCCUUCUCCCUAUGUGCCCGCAACGUGGUCCUGGCCACGGGCACGUCCGACAGCCCGGCGCGCCUGGGCAUCCCCGGGGAGGCCCUGCCCUUCGUCCACUACGAGCUUUCGGCCCUGGAGGCGGCCACAAGGGCCGGAACGGUGACCCCGGCCUCGGACCCUGUCCUCAUCGUCGGCGCUGGGCUGUCGGCCGCCGACGCGGUCCUCUACGCCCGCCACUACAACAUCCCCGUGAUCCACGCCUUCCGCCGCUCCGUGGAUGACCCCGGCCUGGUCUUCAACCAGCUGCCCAAGAUGCUGUACCCCGAGUACCACAAGGUGCAUCAGAUGAUGCGGGAGCAGUCCAUCCUGUCGCCCAGCCCCUACGAGGGCUACCGCAGCCUCCCCGAGCACCAGCUGCUGCUCCUCAAGGAGGACCGCCAGGCCGUGUUCCGGGACGCCCAGGGCCUCCAGAAGGUCUUUGGCGUUGCCCUGGUGCUGGUGCUCAUCGGCUCCCACCCGGACCUGUCCUUCCUCCCCGGGGCCGGCGCCAACCUGGCCGUGGACCCCGACCUACCACUGAGCGCCAAAAGGAACCCCAUCGACGUGGACCCUUUUACUUACCAGAGCACCCAGCAGGAGGGCCUGUACGCCGUGGGGCCCCUGGCUGGGGACAACUUUGUGCGGUUUGUGCAGGGUGGGGCCCUGGCAGUGGCCAGCUCCCUGCUGAGGAAGGAGGCCAGGAAGCCGCCCUAGCACCUGGCCUGGCAUCCUCGUACCCAGGCCCUAAAGAGGAAGGGAGAUGACCACGGCCCUGCUGGACGCCCCAGUGAGGGAAGGGGGCCUCUCCUGGCAGGAGACAGGAGGGGCCGUGAGCCCAGGCGACGGGCCUCUUGGAUGAAGAGGAGUGGGGAGCCCAGGCUGCCGGGACUCAGACUAGUACCAGGGUGGGAACAGAUGCUGCAGGCCAGGGGGGGCAGUGAUUUAGGGUGAAAGCUGCUGGUAAGAGCUGGGGUCACCAGGGCCAGCUGAGCCAAGAGGACUCCAGGCUCUACUGCUUCCAGAAUCAGGUUCCAAUUAAACCCAGUACCUGCCUCCA